AUGAGAAUAAGUUCUACGUGUCCAACUUCAGUAGGGAAGCAGGCUGCGAUAGAUUCAACCUGUACUAUACAACAGAUACAACAACGCUGCAAUGAUACACAAUUGUGUUUUUUAUGUGGCUGUGAAAAGUCCAAUUACACGUCCAAAUUCUAUAUAGGAUGUGAGAAUAAUGAUGAUAUCAUUCUAAUGGAACCUGGUUAUAGUGUAAUGAGAGAAGGUUAUACGAUGAGUUAUUCUGAUUUCUGUUUAGUAGACCACUAUAUGAAAUGUAACUGGUAUAACCCACCGCGUCAUUCAACAUUAAAAAAUCGAAUUGAAGUUUAUAAAAACUGUACGUUUAAAAAUUCCUGUGAAAUAAACAUCAAAGAGGGAAUAAGGACAGGAAAUAAGAAAAUGGUGAAUUAUCCAUUUUACUGUCUUGAUAAAUCAUCAGUUCUAAAUAUAUCUACCAAAAUUGACAAAAACUUGAAGAAUCCUAUUCUAUAUUUUACUGGAGAGAAAUAUACUGGGCAGAAUAUUAACUGUGACUGCUCUGUCAAAUCUAACAACCCUCUUCAUUUAGAAAUUUUCUUCAUCCAUUUAAAACCACGCACUUGUUCCAAAGUAAAGUUUUUCUCGGAAAAUCUUCAACUGUUUGGCUGUUCUACAAGUGGUACUACAAUGUUAAAUACUCAGCAUGUUUAUAUCGGUAGAGAUUUUAAACUGGAAAUACGAGGAAUGGAGCCAGAUGAAGAAGAUGUUUUAUUCUUUAGAGUUUGGGAUGGUUUUAUGUCUAUAAACUGUGGAUGUACAAAUUCAACAGAUGAUGGAUUAUCAACUUCAUCACAAUCUUCAAUGGAUACAACUACAGAUAUCCCUGCUUCAAGAUAUGUGGCUACAGAUACUGCUACUACAGAUAUCCUUGCUUCUAGAUAUGUGGCUACAUAUACUGCUACUUCAGAUAUCCCUGCUUCAAGAUAUGUGGCUACAGAUAUUGCUACUACAGAUAUCCCUGCUUCAAGAUAUGUGGCUACAGAUACUGCUACUACAGAUAACCCUGCUUCAAGACCUGCAACUACAGAUACUUUUAUGACAAUAGAUCCUACUUUAGAUGGUCCUGCUUCAACUGCUGGUACAGAUCAAACCAAUAAUGUUGCUACAACUAAGAUAUACCCCAUUCUCGAUGGUUCUGUACCAGCUACUGAUACAAAUCAAGCUAACAGUGUUGCUACAGUUACAUUGGGUGGAAUUCUAUCACCUGUUAUAUUAAUUAAUAUAGUCAGUAUAGCUCUCUACUGAUUUCUCAUACGGGAAUCCUAUAUUAUUAUGAUUGGUUUGAUUUCAACUUGACCACAUUUUCUUUUAUAUUUGGUUUUUAAAUUUCUUAGAAAGAUAACAAUGGACGUAAAGUGUAAAUUGAAGUUUUUAGUCUCCAGGAAUUUGUUUUGAAUCUAUUACAAAUAUCUACUGUUCACUGUAGAAGGUGUAUUGAGCAUGUCCGAAUCUAUUACAAAUAUCUACCGUUCACUGUAGAAGGUGUAUUGAACAUGUCCGAAUCUAUUACAAAUAUUUACUGCGUUUCACUAUAGAAUGUGUAUUGAACAUGUCCGAAUCUAUUACAAAUAUCUACUGCGUUUCACUGUAGAAGGUGUAUUGAACAUGUCCGAAUCUAUUACAAAUAUCUACUGCGUUUCACUGUAGAAGAUGUAUUGAACAUGUCCGAAUCUAUUACAAAUAUCUACUGCGUUUCACUGUAGAAGAUGUAUUGAACAUGUCUGAAUCUAUUACAAAUAUCUACUGCGUUUCACUGUAAUAGUUAUAUUCAACAUGUCCGACAAUGUAACAAAUUUCCACUGAAUUUGAAUAUAUAAAUUCUAAAAUUGACCAAUGUUGCCAUGACCAAGUAAAAUCUAAAACUUU